UCCGCCUGCGCUUCUUUAAGGCCCGUGAGGCGCCGUGGCGGCGGCACUGGAUGAUCCUACCUAAAUGAUGUCUGUACCACGUGGAGCUGUCCAUGCAAAAUGGAUAGUAGGGAAAGUAAUAGGAACCAAAAUGCAGAAAACUGCUAAAGUCAGAGUGACCAGACUGGUGCUAGAUCCUUACUUGCUAAAGUUCUUCAACAAGCGAAAAACGUAUUUUGCCCAUGACCCAUUGCAGCAGUGUGUUGUUGGAGACAUUGUUCUUCUGAAAGCUUUGCCUGAGAGGAGGAGCAAGCAUGUGAAACAUGAACUGGCUGAAAUUGUUUUCAAGGUUGGAAAUGUCAUAGAUCCAAUAACAGGAAAACCCUGUGCAGGAACCAGGUUCCUUGAAAAUUUGUCAGAUUCAGAAAAUCUGACAGAGGCAGAUACUACCUAUUUAAGUGAAAAACUCCAGGAACUUAAAGUUUGUUCAACAGAUAAAUAGAAGGAAAACACUUGGAAGGCUUUUGACUGAUCUGUGGGAGGGGCAUUUGGGGCCCAGUUGUUGUAUGUAACAUGUUCUAAUGAUCUUUGGAGUCACAAUAAAUAGUAAAUAUAGUUCUUCUAAAACUGGAUGUUAAAGUUGAACUCCUCAAGUUUCUAAUGAAAAUAGAGAAAAUGUCAGUUAAGUGUUGAGUUAACACUUCCUCUUCUUGCAUGUAGUUUUUCCAAGUUCUUGAUAGUUUCAGAUGUCAGCUGUUCACUUAGAAUGGCUCUUCUCUAUUGAGAAAUAAAGAACAUAACUAUAUAAUGUUUAAAUUGCGGGGGGGAGGGAAAGUCUGUAUUUGUUCUGUAUUUCAGGCAGUCUUUGUUUGGUUGGUAUACUUAAAACAA